GGCAGGGUCAGGAGGACCGCGAAGCCGGAGUGGGGCCAUGCUGGGAGCCCGCGGGGCGGCGCUGGUGCUCCGGCGCGGCCUCUCCUCGGCGGCCUGCGUGAGGCCCGCGCCGCCGCCGCCCCCGAGGCUGAGCGUGAGGGGCGCCCUCAAGGCGCGCGGGGACCCCGGCGGUGCGCGCGCACGCGUCCAGGGCUGGGUCCGCUCGGUCCGGUCCCAGAAAGACAUCUUGUUUCUGCACGUCAACGAUGGGUCGUCUUUGGAGAGCCUGCAGGUGGUUGCCGACUCCAGCCUGGACACCACGGACCUGACUUUCGGGAGCGCCGUGGAAGUGCAAGGCCGGCUGGUCAAAAGCCCGCACAAAAAACAGAGCGUGGAGCUGACCGCGGAGAAAAUCCAAGUGGUUGGGCACUGCAACCCCACGGAAUUCCCGCUCAAAUCCAAAGAGCGGCACCCCCUGGAAUACCUGCGACAACACCCGCACCUCCGCUGCCGCAGCAACACCCUCGGUGCCCUCCUCCGAGUCCGUGACGAGGCCACUGCCGCCGUCCACUCCUUCUUCAAGGAACACGGCUACGUGCACAUCCACACUCCAGUCAUCACAUCCAACGACUGCGAGGGGGCCGGAGAACUCUUCCAGGUGGAGCCGUCGAGCCCGGCGAGGGAGCCCGGGAGGCUCUUCUUCGAUGUGCCCGCUUUCCUGACCGUGUCCGGACAGCUGCACCUGGAGGUGAUGUCAGGCGCCUUCACCCACGUGUUCACCUUCGGCCCCACGUUCCGAGCUGAGAACUCGCAGAGUCGCAGACACCUGGCUGAGUUUUAUAUGGUGGAAGCGGAGGUGGCCUUCACCGAGAGCCUCCAGGACCUCACGCAGGUCAUGGAGGGGCUGUUUAAGGCCACGACUGCCGCCGUCCUCGCUCGCUGCCCGGACGACGUGAGGCUCUUCCACAAGUUCGUCGCACCGGGCCACGAGGACAGGCUGGAGCAGAUGCUGAAGAACAAGUUUGUAGUCCUCUCCUACUCCGAGGCCGUGGCCAUCCUGAAGCAAGCCCGCCGGCCUUUCUCCUUCCCUGUGGAGUGGGGCGGUGACCUGCACAAGGAGCACGAGAGGUUCCUGGUGGAGCACUGCGGCCACACCCCAGUCUUCAUCGUCGACUUCCCCUACGAUCUCAAGCCCUUCUACGCGCGGGACAACGGCGACGCGCCCCAGCACACGGCGGCGGCAGUCGAUCUCCUGGUGCCCGGGGUCGGGGAGCUGUUCGGGGGGAGCCUGAGGGAGGAGAGGCUGCACGUCUUGGAACAGCGCCUGGCCAGACUUGGGCUGACGGACACCUACCAGUGGUACACCGACCUCCGCCGCUUCGGCUCCGUGCCGCACGGUGGCUUCGGGAUGGGCUUUGAGCGCUACCUGCAGUGCAUCCUGGGCGUAGAAAACAUCAAAGACGUGAUCCCCUUCCCCAGGUUCUCUCACUCGUGUGCCCUGUAGCGACGGGGAGGACGCGGGCGGGACUCCCUCGGCCGGGAUCCGGCCCCCGUCAGUCGCCACCUCGAAAGGACGGGACGGGGCUCUCUGCCUCCGCCGGGAAAGACUGGCCAGAGUCUGCCUUUUCCCUCUGAGCGCCACUGAAAUUUGGCCUGGAAGGGGCCAGUCGCAGUCCGGGCCUCAAGUCUGGUGUCACGGCGGGCACAGCCCCCACUCUGAGGGUUUCUCCGCUAGCAUGCAUCUUGGGGGGGCCUUCCAGAACUGAAACCUGCCGGUGUCCCCUCCCCGUCGCUGGAUCUGCAUGCGAGUCCCCCACAAGCCCCCGCCUCCGGGCAGGACAACCAGGGAACACCGCCACAUCCGACCGGGUGAUGCUCUCUGUGGCGCUUGGGAUUCCCAGAGCGCUCGCUGGGACGGGGGGCCGGGCCAGGCGUGGGGUCCUGGUGGCCAAUAAAGCACAUUUCUUCCGAGGG